GCAGUACCGUAUGUGCCUUCUAUAUUUUAUAAUACUUGAAAAAAUACAUAAUCGGCGACAGGAUCCUUCAGGAUGCUUAUUACGAACAAAUAAAAUACGAGAAAAAAAGAAAAUCAUGAAAUGCAGGUAUUUAAAAAAGUUUGUCAAAGAUCGAACGUUUUUUUCGUAGCUGUAGGGAUAUUUUCAAUGACGUCGAUAAUGUUCGGCGAUAGGAACGAAAAAAAAUUUUCUUUUCUGUCUUGGAUCAUUACUCUUGGUUCACUUUCUACUUUGAUUUUUUCUAUUUGUUUUUACCGCGCUUGAUUUAUAUGUGAAAAGCAACGCACGAAUAAAAUGUACGCGAAUAUACGCGGAAGCCUUGGAUCGAUAGAUGUGGUUGGUGUUUUGACAAAGCGGUCGAUCAACUCGCGUGCGCUUCGGGUAAACUUGAGGGCGUGUGUGUAAAUCGCGUUAAAUCGUUCAGCUACAAAGACCACGCGAGUAUCAUCGAUUUGCAGAUUGCUAACGCGUACGUUUUCCUUCCCUCUCUUCCUCUCUCUAAUUCUUUUCUUUUCUUGCUAUCUCACGAAAAGAAGCAUAUUUCGCUUAGUGUUGUCGACUGUUGUUCUUUUUCAAUACUUGCAAGCACGUAUCCCGUGCGAAAGAAAUACGAAAGAUGCAAAGUUGAAAAGUAGAACGGUGGAAGAUAAAAUGUGGGGCAAAGGUGACUGAGGUGAACGGCACUAGCUUGUAACACGCAGAAAAUGGUCGCGCAUCUGCGCAGAUGUACAGAUUUAUGAGGUUCAAUAAUUUGUCAGGAAUAUGGCAAUACUUUGUUCGAUAGAAGUUGCUCGAUAUAGCGUGCAUACCUCAUUAAGGUUACGAGAUCGGAUUGACAUUAAUGAGUAGAACCUUUAAAUUUACCUUGCCCUCUUUCCGAUACUUUCAUUCAUAGAAUUUUCAUGUACGAUAUAGUUAAAACAAAAUGAUUCGAUCGUUUACUAUUAUUCGUUCGUUUUAUUAUUUUCUCCGCUUUCUUCAGAAAUGAACUGCAUAAGUAUAUUCGAUCGAUUUAUCGAAAAGGUUUUUUAGUCGACUCGAACUGACGAUCUUUUUUCAUCUCUAGCCUUCCAUCGCGCAACGAUAUUAAUAUCGAUAUUUGUAAAAGUUGUACAUCCUUUGAUCUUCCUGUUUCAAGAGUGAUUCGUUCCACGCGUUUGCUUGAAAUGGGACGAUCGUCGUUGUGUUGAAUCUGUUGGGUUAAUAUUUUUAAAAAUAUAGAUUUUUAGCCAUCUGGAAAUAUAGAUUCUUUCGAUUGAUUUGAAUUGGUGCAUUUAAUAUUGCUACUAGAGGAAAAUAUGAAGCAAAAAUAUAAACUGUACAGAUAAGAAUAGAGGUGAAAUAAAAAAUGAGGGAAUGUAAAAUGCAAAUUGUUGAAAAGGUCGAAUGAAAAUGCACAACAAAUGCGAUUAAAGAAGAAAGGCAUAGAUUGAUACAUGUUGCAAUGGUAGGAAAAGAUAGUAUAGGAAGGGAAGAAGAGAAAGAAAAGAGCGAGUGGGGAGUUGGUGCAGAUCGGGUGCGACGGUGCUGCUAGUUUAGCAGUUUUCACCCUCUGGAGUAAAAGCGCAAGCGCUAAUGUCCUUUCCCGAAGCUCGGUACUACACGCCAGUAAUCCGUGGAAUGCCAAGGUAGAAGGAGCUAUUUUUUCGAAGAGACGCAGCAGAGACGCAGCUCCGAAUAGUUUAAGAAUCGAUGGUCGAUCGAAGAAAGGAGAUUGCCGUUGAAAGAAAGAACAGAGACGAAGAUCGAACAGGAUGAAGACGUGGCGCGUUCAAGUAUCGACUUCGUAUGGACCAACCAGUUACAUGAAACGAUCGAAUCAAAACUCGCUUAGAUCGGUUUAAUGUUUUUGCAGAUAAUACAAAUGUCGAUUUCCGCAUCGCAUUCUUUUGAGGAUCUGGGCUAGGAGAGAAAGCGAAAUAAGAUUUUGUGUCAUAACGGUCAUAAACGUAUCGCGAUCCGUUUGACUUUCCUCCUCACCGAUACUCGACUCGGUUUAUUGGGUGAAUAAAAUAGAAGAGAAAAGUAGGAAAUAAAGGAAAAGGAAGCGCCGGGAAAUAAGUAUCGAAAUAAGGCGUACGGACGGGAGGACGAACGUAUAAUAGGAAAGAAGAGGUGAUUAAGAGAAAGUACUGAAGGAGUGAAGAAGAAAACCGUUGGCGGAGAGGUGAGGAAAGUGGGCGGCAUUGCCAAGAUCAAAUAAAAGAGCCUCGUGACGGAGGGGCUUCGUACGGCCCUGGCGCGACUGCGGCACUGCACCCCCACAGGGGGUUCUCUGCCAAAUACACCGAAUCCGCCUUCCACCCCGGAACAUAGAAAUCACUUGGCGUGGUGAAUGUUUGAUGAAAACAGGGAUGUCUGGUGGAUGGUCGCGGGUCGAACCGUAAAAACGGUGGCAGCUCAAGGGGUAGCGAUGGGACCGAUUCAGCAACAGCCGAGUCACAGCAGCAGUCGCAGUCGCAGUCGCAGCCGCAGUCGCAGUCACAAUCGCAGUCGCAGUCGCAGUCGCAGUCGCAAACAUCGCGUGUUUCUAAUGCCAGCGCACAUCGUCACAAUGGAUCGGAGAAUUCGCGCGAAACCGAUUUGUUGUCUCACGCUGCCUCCGCGUUACGAAGACUGCACUUUAAAUCCGCAGGCGGAAGUCGCAGUUGUCGCACGGUCCCAAAAGUGGUCGUUAUGGGUUCGAGCACCGCUUCCGAAACAACAAUCAACACUAGCACCGACAGCGCCAACACGAUGCUCACCAUGGUGACGACAACGGACGGAGAGCAACCGGACGACAGUUUCGAUUUGAUGGAUAUUCCAUCGGAGAUGUCACCACCGGCUGCUACAUCGUCGACCGGUGGUCAGUCACCGGAACCGAUUCUAUCGGCUGUAGCUGUAAUCUCUUCACCGCUACCAGUCCACGCUUCGACCUCUUCGCCAAUAGAAUAUUCGACCCCGGACGAGAAGGGACUUAAAACUGGCGCGAUUUUGAGAUCAGAACUUCCAAUCGAUUGUUUGGAUAUUCGAACAUCUAGUGUUUCGAAUCUUCUCGAUGAGACGGAGAUUCCUUCGGUCGAUGCAACGCCUAUUAUCAUCCACGGUACCGUCAACGAGGUCGGCAAGGUUUCCGUCUCCGGAAGAACCCCGCCUCUUCCAGAUCUCCGAGCGACCGACUUUUUCAGCACACCAGUAAGGGGUUCGAUGGAUGCUGGUCAACCAGACCCGGAUGGUCUAAAUCCGUUGUUAACCUUGCUUGUUGGAAGACCCCGUGGCGAAGAUGGGAAUCGAGAGAAUCGAAUAGUAAACAACAUCGGUGAGAAGAAAUACGGGGAGGGAAAACCGAAUGUGAACGUUACGACGAACCCUCUGGACAUAUCGUUGAUAGGAACUCGCACCGAUCAAAGUAACAACGAUCAGUCGUCCGAUGGUUCUGGUAGAACAACCAGUGCCACGAGCAAACCUCGAGGAAAACCCGCCGAAUCGCAUCCCCUCGUUUCAACCAUUCAUUCAUGGGUCAGGCUCUUUUUCCCGUUUUGCGCAAUAGGAGGCAACGCGAGUGGAAAUAAGAGAUCGACGCAGGCGGCAACAAUCGUGGUGCAACAACCGUCGCUGUCAUUGGACGGAUCAGCCGGAGCUGCAACAAUAUUGCUGCACCCAGAGUUGGACGUUAGACGUCGAGAGGAAAAUAUGAGACAAUUGUUGGAUGUGGCCAAUACCUUGACCUUGCAAGAAAUACACGACUUUGAGAUGAGGUACGGUAGUCCGCACCACAGUCGGUCUCAGUCGGUUAAGACUCCCGGAAGUCGUUCAUCGGGCAGACCAAACUACCUGUGUCUUCCACAACAGAGAUCAAGAGUCGCGAGCAUGCCAAAUACCGGCGUUGAAGAAGAGUAUUAUAGACUUCGACAUUUCAGUAUAACUGGUAAAGGAGUUGUAAAUCGAGGAGACUCGUUGAAAAGUCGGAGAUCUCGAUCAAACAAUAGCGUCGCUUCGAGUAACUCGAGCACGGAACAUUUAACAGCUUCAUAUCCUGGAUCGGCAAGAAAUUCUGCAGCGGGAUCGUUGGCGAGUUCCCGCGAAAGCAGCGCGUCUCAGGGACCAACACCGUAUCGCGUUCUAAUGCUGGGAGCUCCAGCCGUAGGAAAAAGUUCGCUGGUUUCUCAGUUCAUGACGUCGGAAUAUCUUCACGCGUACGAUACAUCGAUUGACGAUGAAUCGGGAGAGAAAACCGUCAGCGUUCUUCUAGCUGGAGAAGAAUCCGAACUGACUUUUAUCGAUCACUCUAGCACUGAGAUGACGCCGGAAACCUGCAUAACUACGUACGAACCACACGCUUACUGCGUCGUCUAUUCAACGACCGAUCGAGCUUCGGUACGCGUGGCGGAAGAAGUUUUGCAAACACUUUGGCGCAGCGACUACAUGUCGGCUCGAGCGGUGAUCCUUGUUGGAAACAAAGUCGACCUCGUUCGCAGUCGAUUAGUCUCGACCGAAGAGGGGAAAUCUAUGGCUACAUCUUACGACUGUAAAUUUAUCGAAACAUCGGUCGGAAUCAAUCAUAAUGUCGACGAACUUCUCGUUGGCUUGCUUACGCAAAUUCGACUGAAGCUCGAGAACCCUGAAAGAACGAGGGACCUAUUUCGGAAGAGAUCGCGAAAGAAUCGUAGCAAAUCACCUUUAGGAUCUUGUUCUGAAAACAAUUCACCGAAAAAAUAUCGCGGUAGUCGUACAAGUACCAGUUUAAAGGUACGAAAUUUAUUAGGUAAGGUAUGGGCAAGAGAUAGCAAGUCCAAGAGUUGUGAAAAUUUACACGUUCUUUAAUCGUUUGGACGAAGAAAUGCGACACGACAUUCUAUUCCUACUCGAUCAGAACGUCACUAAAGUUGCUUUCAAUCUGCAAUUUCUUCGUUUUUUACCUUGGUUUCUUCUCUUCUCAUUUCUCUAUCGUUCUCUUCUUCCUGGUAGUUGUUUUUUAUCCCUUUUGCCAUCAUUCAUUAUUUUUCGAUCUUUAUUCCAUUUUUCUACAUAACUUCUUGCGCUUUGAUUACUUUGGAUUUCACAUCGCGGGGACCAGCAUUCAUCAGACCACUAGUCAAUUCUCUCGUUGUUUUCUAUUUUACUCUAAUCGUAUUGGUGUUGUAAGUUUUAAUGGAAUCGGUUUAUUGGAUAAAAUACGGUCCAUCUAAAUACAUACAUGAUCGAAUAUCUUGAAAAACGUUUAUAAAAACGUUUCUGCGGAACUUUAACUACGUUUCGACAAUGGAGUGCGUGUCAAAAAGUCACGAAUAGAUCGAAACCUCGAGUAUAGAAUAAUUCGAACGAGUUUUCUCCGUUUUUCCCUAAUUCCUCUCUGAAACCAACUGUUCCAACCUUGAAAUUAUAAAAAGCCGAAAGCAUUGUGUGUCACUUACAUAUUUCGAACUCUUUAUUUUAGCUUGUUCACCUCUUCUCUCGCUCUCAAACUCUUCCUCUUACAUCAGUCUUUUUUUGUUGUGGUGCAAUCAGUUUUAUCGAUCUCUUUACUCUUCGCAUGUUUGAUAUACAUAUGUAUAUAUUACUCCCGUUCUACGAUCCUAACGCGAAGAAGCGAACCAAUGUUCUUAUGUUUUUCAAGCUCGCACGAUCGAUGCACAGCCAUAAUCACAUUAGAAUUAUUUUCUUCAAAUUUCACUACAUACCAGGAGUAAAAACACCAUUUAUAUUAUAUAUCUCUACAUUAAUAUUCAAUCGACAAUAUACAUAUAUAUGUAUGUAAGCAGUUACUUCGUCUUUCGCAAUUCCACAACUUUCCUACAUUGGGUUUCGUCGUUACGUUAGUUGUCACGCAAAUGUUGCUUGAAUGGUUGAUUGGUUGAACGCAAUCGUGAACAAACAGUACAAAAGUUUGUCGCCUUACUUCGUUCGUCACUUAAAUGAUACAGAGAAUAAGAUAGAGAAGGAGCGAGGGAAAAAAAUAAGAGCCGGAAGAAAAAUGAUAAAACUAAAAAAUGGAAAAAUAAAAGGUACACGUGCCGAUUUUUUAUCUCGCAAAACAACGUUAAAUUAUGUUUCUUAUUAAUCUGUUACGAUAUAUUAUGAAAAUUUAUAGAAUAACAAACGCGUUUUUUCUUGUUUGUAAAUCGCGAAGAGAAAAAAUUGUAACGAAACGAGUUGUAUCGCUCGAGCAAACAGAUUAGUUUGCGUUUAAGUACAUACGAAGAGGAAGAAGGAUUUACUUAAUAGAAAAGAGACAGGGAAACAUAAAAAGGGGAAAAAAGACAAAAUCACACAUUUAGAGUACGAUAAGUGCAUAAAUACAAGUUCACAUGUGAGAUUUUGUUCGUUUACGAGGUUUUGCAGAUAUGACAGAUUUUUGGAAGACUGUCCGGUAAAUUGUAUUACUCUUUAAGUAUACAACCAAUUUUACCUUAGUCUGUACUGUUACCUUAUAAUAACCUCCCGUCCAUUGACUAGAAAGAAAUUUCUACGAGCCAUGGCAAUCGUUUAAAUCGCCAUUACUGCAUGGAAUCGUAACGAACGUAUCGGACAUUUCGAGUACACGAAUGACCAUAAAUUAGUCGUUAAGAAUCGCGCUACUUGUUUCCGCGAAAAGUUUCCAUUACUUUUCGUGCCGAAACGAACUGUAAUUGUACCGUGCUGUACCGUGCCGUACCAUGCCGUGCAUCGUACCAAAUUUUAACUUUUAACCUUUCAAAGCGCAUGUGCGAGACUGAUUUUCAUUCGAUUUCGAAUAUCGAACGAUACCGCUGACGAACGGGCGUUUCGUUUCCUUGAGAAAAUUGUUUGCGAAAUAAACUACAUGUUCCGAUAAGAACAAACGUCGUCGAUGCGCGCAUGCUCUUUUACUUGUACUUUUUUUCUCUUUUUCGAGAAAAGAUCGUCCUCUGCUCUUCCAUAGGCCGUAUUUAACGACGAGAGCAGCGACGUUAAACGACAAGGACAUGCAAAAGGAAAUUGAGAAUGAGAGGGCAAACUGUAAUCGAAAGGACCAAUUUGAUAAGAAAUAAGAUGCGCAAAGAAAAAUAAAAAGAAAACAUUAUGACUUUCAUGAGUAGCUACGAUGGAAUGAGAAUGGGGAUGAUGGGGAGCGUGCGAGCGAGAGAGAGAGAGAGAGAGAGAGAGAGAGAGGGAGAGAGAGAGGAGGGGUAAAAACGAGGGAUUUAGGGAGGGAAGAGUACGAUGUUCGCUGAUGAUUAUCCGUCCAUCAAUGUACACCUUGAAAAAGAUAUCCUUCGCAAACGACCAUGCCGAUUUUAAUCAAGAGCUGAUCGAUGUUGACGAGCUUUGUUUGAAGGAUCCACACGAACACCGUCUCUUGGAAUGUGAGGUGGUGAAUCGGUCGCACUGCCCUCUCGAUGUGGAGAAAAUCUCGAGGAAGACGCAAGCGGAAAAAUGAUAUAUGUACAAUGUACAUAUAAUACGUCUCGAUUUUGACGGACACAAACACGUGUCGUUUGUUGAAUAUGUACGUACGUAUGUAUGUAUUUAUGUAUGUAUGUAUGCAUGUAGGCACGUAUGUGUGUUUGUUGUGCGUGUGUGCGCGCGCAUGAGCGCGUGUGUGUGCAUGCAUUUAUGUA